AUGUGCUUCAAAUACGAGUGCGACGUCUGCAAGAAGGCGAGAUACGAUUUCUGCGAGGACUACCUGCGGAACGAGGAGGACCACAAGUGGUGCAACGUCGAGGCGGAGAAGCCCUGGGGCAGCCUCCGUAAGCGCUGCCACACCUGCUACACCAUCAGGGGGGUCAUCAGAGAGUUGAAGGCGCUCGUCUUUCGCGAGCCAUGGCUCGUGACUGAAGGAAUGGCGGGCGCGCCAGAGAAGGCUGCCUGGGAGGAGGGAGAGGAAGACGGGGACGGGGAGGCCGCCGGGGAUGACGUCGUCAACGACGACGACACCCCUGACGGCUUCACCAAGGAAGAACGAGACCGCGUUCGGCGUGAGGCCGAGGAGGCCGUCAUGCGUCGCUGGGGGUUGAUGAAGGCGGAGCAAGUCGCAAAGGAGGAGGUCAAGAAGGCUGAAUAG